AUGUCCGCUGCCACAACCAAAGGCCCAGAGGAACAGCUCCAUUUACAGGCCCUACAAAAUGACAGUAAUUCAGCGGGCUCGGGGCAAUGCGCCAGGUUGUUGCAGUCCUUUCAGGACUUAGCCCUCGAGCUCGGUGUACCUCUGGCACACAAGAAGACCGAGGGUCCUAGUACUGUGCUUACGUUCUUGGGCAUUGAGCUGGAUACCUGCCAGCAGUCUUCCCGGCUGCCCGAGAAUAAGGUCACCGAUCUUAAGGUCCGGUUGGCAGCGCUGAGGAGGCAGCGGAAGGUGUCGCUGCUCGAGGUGCAGCAAGUGGAAUGUUUGGUCAACAGGAUGCUGCUGAAAUUAGUGUUGCUGCUGAUGCAGCCAUGUCGCAUAGUAUGUGAGAUAAAGUCCAUCAACUGCACCGUCUACAAUGAUCCUUUUCCUAUCCCUCACCAGUUUUAUCAGUCAGGGGAUGUACUCAUUGGUGGGAUGUCCUCUCUAGCUGGCUACCCAAAUGACCUUCUGUCUUUCAGGGAACACCCUGCAAGAAUGGUGAAUGAUGACCCUAUGCUUCUAACAAAACACUAUCAGCAGAUCUUAGCCUUGGCAUUUGCUAUAAAAGAAAUAAAUGAAAAUCCAAGCUUCAUAACCAACAUCAGUUUGGGUUUCUACAUCCUCAGCACUAGUGAUAAUGGAAGGAUGAUAUAUAAAGCUACUCUCAACCUAAUUUCUGCACACCAGAAGCUGGUACCCAACUUCAGCUGUGCUACACGGAGGAAACAGAUAGCACUUAUUGGAGGGCUUGUCUCUAAAAUCUCUGCUAAGAUUGCCACCAUUCUGAAUACCUACAAAACUCCACAGUAUGGGAAGGUGCUGCCUCUCUCUGUAUGCAAUGAUCCCUGCCUUCCCGGCUACAGCAAGAGAAAGAAAGAGGGAGAUAAAUUUUGCUGCUAUGGUUGUCGUCUAUGUCCAGAAGGGAUGUUCUCUGAUGAGAUGGACAUGGAAGCCUGUAUCCAAUGUCCAGAGGAUCUUUAUCCCAGCAGAGAGAAAAAUCAAUGCAUUCCCAAGGAUAUAACCUACCUUUCUUACCAAGAACCUCUUGGAAGAGUGCUAGUUAUGCUGGCUAUUUCUUUAUCUCUAGUGGCAGUUCUGGUACUUGGAACUUUCAUUCAGCACAAGAAUACACCCAUUGUCAAAGCCAACAACCGGAGCCUCACGUAUAUUCUUCUAAUCUCUCUCCAAUUUUGCUUCCUCUGUUCAUUACUCUUCAUUGGGAAACCUUCAAAAGUGACCUGUCUUAUUCGACAAGUGACAUUUGGCAUUGUUUUCUCUCUGGCCCUUUCUAGUGUGUUGGCCAAAACCAUCACCGUUGUUCUGGCCUUCAUGGCCACGAAACCAGGAUCCAGGAUGCAGAAAUGGGUGGGCAAAAAAAUGUCACAAUAUAUUUUCCUUUCCGGUUCCUUCAUUCAAGUAGCUCUUUGUGCUCUUUGGCUCAGUACUUCCCCACCCUUCCCAAAUCGGGAUAUGAACUCAGUGCCUGGGGAAAUCAUACUGCAAUGUAAUGAAGGGUCAGUUGCCAUGUUUUAUUGUGUUGUAGGCUAUAUGGGCUUCCUGGCUGCCCUCAGCUUCACUGUGGCUUUUCUAGCCAGGAAAUUACCGGACAGUUUCAAUGAAGCCAAAUUCAUCACUUUUAGCAUGUUGGUCUUUUGCAGUGUUUGGUUGUCCUUCUUUGCAACUUACUUGAGCACCAAAGGGAAAUCUAUGGUAGCUGUGGAGGUCUUCUCCAUUUUGUCAUCCAGUGCUGGGUUAUUGGGUUGCAUCUUUUUCCCUAAAUGUUACAUCAUCUGGCUUAGGCCUGAGCUGAACAACAGGGAGCAGUUAACUAGGAAAGGAUGA